AGCACGUAGAAACUUCAUUGGAGUUUUUACGGACAAUGGAAAUCAUCUCAUCAAAGCGAUUUGUCAUAUUGACUCUGGCCACUUCAAUCCUGUUAGCUUCGGAGUCUGUCUGUGCCGAUGAAUCCGUGAUGUCCAAUCUGCGCAACUGGGAACAUUAUAAUGAAUAUUUAAAGCCCAGAGAUCACCCCAAAGAGAAGAAGCAAAAGAGCCUCCCCCUUGAAGAGCAUCAACACUGGGGUUCCAACACCAUCUACAAAGUGAGGAACCUAAAAUUGAAUAAAAUCCCCCAGUUGAUGCCCCACCCACCCCUGAGGUUUGGAAGAUCUUUUGAAGAAGAAAGAAGCAUUGAGUCUGUGGCUAACUUGCCCUUUAGAUUUGGAAGGAAUUUGGAUGGUGGAAUCUCAAGGCGCAUCCCUAACCUGCCACAAAGAUUUGGAAGAGCAGCUGUCAAGGGCAUGAUGGAAUCUACCAACAAUUCACCACAAAAGUUUAAGGGGUCGCCAUUUGUAGAGAAGACAAGUUACCCCAUGGCCAGCCAACAUCUGGAGCUUCAGGCUGCUGAUGAAAGGAAGUCCAGGACCCUGAACUUCUAUAAGAAAGCUCAUGAUGGUGAAAUGAAUCAAGAAGAGUGGGAAGUUUGGAGCGAGGCCCCUGACCCCAACGUGAUGUGAUAGAAUAGAUGUCCACCAUGAGCAGCAAGGGGAUUAUAGAAGUCUUUGGUGGCUGCCAUGUUGUUUCCUUGGCCGUUGAUGAAGACAUCACUGAUCCUAACCUCUGCCAGUUCUAAACCAUACUUUUUGAGGAUGGCUGCAAUGUGCCCUGAUAUAUUCUUCUUCUAAGUAGAAAUGGUAUUACCAGGACCAUAUGAAAGGUUCCCCCCCAAAAAACUAGACACAGCUUUGCUGCUUCCCCUAAUAAAAAUAACCAAAUUUAGAUGUAUUAGUAAAAGUUAAGUGACUUCCUUGGACACAAUUGGGAAAUUCAAGCCAGUGUUGUCACUGACCUCAAUGCAUGCAAUGGAUAAUAAAGCACCCCAAAAGAUGGUU